UGUUUUCCCGCCCGUCGCGUCACUGGCUGCGCUUUCAGCUAGCAAUGGAUGCUUACAUCAGCUGUGAGAGGCUUUGACAGCGGGGACCUGGCUGGUUUGGACCAUUCGGACCCGGAGUCCAGUUGGCAGACAUGGUGAGGCACAGCGCGAUGACAGAAUUGCAAACCUUCCAGCACUCUCUCCAGGGUGACUCCCUGCCGUUGGGCCAAGCGGGGCAGAGCUGUGGGGGAACUCAGGAGAACGGGGUCACUCCGGAGGGGAGACGGCCCCCCUCCCCGGUCCCAGCAGAUAUCGAGAAAAGCCAGCCAGUGAACAUCCCCGAUGCAGCGAAAAGAAAAAAGAAGAAGAGAACCAGAGCGACGGACAGCUCCAUGGGCACUUUUAAUGAUCUGUACAAGCUGACGGAUGAGGUGCUCGGUCAAGGGGCCUACGCUAAAGUUCAAGGGUGCAUAAGUUUGCAGAACGGACAGGAGUAUGCUGUGAAGAUUAUAGAAAAGAGUGCGGGGCACAGCCGGAGCAGAGUCUUUCGAGAAGUGGAAACUCUCUACCAGUGUCAAGGAAACAACAACAUUUUGGAAUUGAUCCAUUUCUUUGAAGACAGCUGCUGCUUUUAUUUGGUGUUUGAAAAGCUGCGUGGUGGCACCAUUCUCACACACAUCCAGAACCGGAAGUACUUUGACGAGCUGGAGGCCAGUAAGGUGGUCAGGGACAUCGCCCAAGCGCUUGACUUCCUGCACACUAAAGGUAGGACACCUAACACCCGUUCUAUGGCAGUCUGUGGAUUCCUUAUGUACUUUUCCUCAUGGAGACUGUGCUGUCUUGCAGGCAUUGCCCAUCGAGACCUCAAGCUGGAGAACAUCCUCUGUGAAUACACUGAUCGGGUGUCCCCAGUGAAGAUCUGCGACUUUGACUUGGGGAGUGGAGUGAAGCUCAGCAGUGCCUGUACGCCCAUAACGACCCCGGAGCUCACCACGCCGUGUGGCUCAGCAGAGUAUAUGGCUCCAGAAGUAGUCGAGGUGUUCACUGACGAGGCCUCUUUCUACGACAAACGCUGUGACCUUUGGAGUCUCGGGGUCAUCCUCUACAUCCUACUGAGCGGAAGCCCCCCGUUCACAGGCCGCUGUGGCACCGACUGUGGCUGGGACCGCGGAGAAACCUGCAGGACCUGCCAGACUCACCUGUUCGAGAGCAUCCAGCAGGGCAAGUACGAAUUCCCAGACAAGGACUGGGAUCACAUCACCGAGGGGGCCAAGGAUCUCAUCUCCAAGCUGCUGGUUCGGGACGCAACCCUUCGCCUCAGUGCUGCUCGGGUCCUCAAGCACCCUUGGGUGCAAGGGAACGCCCCAGAGAGAGGUCUUCCCACUCCUCAUGUUCUACAGAGGAACAGCAGCACCAAAGACCUGAGCCAGUUCGCAGCCGACGCCAUCGCCUUCAACCGGCAGCUGUCUCAGCACGACGAGCAGCGGGAGGACGUGGGGGCCGUCGUUUGCCCCGUGAGGCUUUCCCCUCCUUCCAACUCCAGACUGGCCCGCCGGCGGGCGCAGACCAACGCGCUGCGCAGCAGUGACUUCGCCCCCGCGUCCGACGACCUCACGGCCUGACAAGUCUCCUCGAUGGGAGGGGGUCGGGGGGGGGCGGGGUCUGAUUGAUUUCUUUUUAGCCUCCGCCUGCUCCGGGCGGGUGUUGGUUUUCUUCUUUUCUAUCAGCAGCGGGCUGUUAGGAUCAGCCGCACAGUGGCCGGUCCUGGUGCUGAAGCUCUCUCCCGUGGCCAGUAACCUUCUCACCCGGACAGUCAUUAGUCGGCUCCCGCUUCUUUUAAUGUAACGACUGUUUAGUUUUUAGAAAAGCUCUUGGUUUACUGUUAUAAAGAGUCUUAACAGAGAUAUUUAUUUUGUAUUUAAUGAUGAUUUAUUUUGACAGAAACCACUCUUAAUGCCUCGAUCAGUACAUAUCAAUAUCAGCGGCGCAGUACAUUGGUUCAGCACAGUUUUGCCACUGUUCCUGUUCUAAUGAAUUAUUAUCUAAUAUUGAUGGAUUUAUUUUUCUUGUUGUCCAACUGUGAAGGAAUUAAUAUUUUAUGUAAAUGCUGCUUAUUGCUUCUCUGCUUCGGGUGGAAAGGGAUGUGUGUUUGCUUACUGAAGCACGUCCGUCUGAUCUGUGUGGAUGUGUUGAAAUGAUCAAGUCUGACUACACUAAGAGGAGACUGUUACUGCGAAUACGCUUUUUCAAAAAUGACAUUCCUGUUCAGGCUAUGAAGAACGUUAUAGAUUGUGAAUGGAUGUUGAGAAGAGCCUUUGAUCAAACAAUAUCAGUUCUAGCUUUCACUUCAACCCAGGCUACCUGAAGCACUGAUGUACUUUAAGACAAGUGGCUGAUUCAUUGUAUCUAAGACGUAUUGUAACUGCGUUUGGGCCUUCUAUGUCAAAUCAGCACCUACAGGGAUAUUUUAACUUUUUAAGGGGUUUUAACUCCUCCGAUGUUACAGCUAGCUCUUUUGGCAUGUUUUGUGUCCUCCCGGUUAAACUAAACAUCCCAAAACACUUUAUUAUUGAUUGGAUAUCUGUUGUUGUUUUUUAA